GGAACACCAGCUUCCGCCACAAUAACAACAGCUGGAAGCAGCUAAAGAUGGCCGCCGCAACCAUGGCGGGGCUCGACGCCCACAGGAUGGAGGAGAAGAAGUUCGAGUACUUCUCCUCUAUCAACUCCAUGGCAAAGAAAAUAAUGCAGGAGAGGGAGAAAAUCAAAGCCAACCACGGCUCGUCAUGGGAGAAAAUGACGCCGCAAGAGCAAGACAUCGCCAUCGACAACGGGAUGAUGGAUCCCCAUAUCCGAGCUCGCUACGCCAUGCACAGGGUUGACCGAGAAGAAGUGGUUUGUUACCCUAAACUGCUCAUUCAGACGGGUCAGAAGAUAGUUCAUUUCGGGGAGGAGGAUAUUACUUGGCAAGAUGAGCAUUCUGCCCCUUUCUCGUGGGAAACAAAGAGCCAGUUGGACUUCAGCUUGACAUCAGGCCCAGCUGACCAGGGAGUCUCCGCCUCGCAGGCAGACCCAAAACCUGUAAAGGUACCUCAUUCCAGCCAGCUCGCCAAGACUACACCAGGGACCAAGGUGUCUGUAAGCGAGGGACGGAGACUAGAGGAGGAGUCGUCUUUCUGGAAGAUCAGUGCCGAGAGGUCUAGGCUGGAGGGAGAGCAAGCCAACUUCCAGUCCCUCACCCCCAGUCAGAUCAAAUCCCUCGAGAAAGGAGAGAAAUCCCUCCCCUCCUACCUCCGACAGGAGACCUCAGUCACCACCAAGGAGCCUGAGGCAGCAGACCCCCACCCUCCAGCUGCUUCCAGGUCCACCAAACAGCGAGCACCUAAACCUCCAGCUCCCCACCCCCCUAUCCCCAUCUCUGUAAGCGCAACACCAUCCAUCUCCAUUUCGUCGAGCCCGUCGCCGCCUGUCAGCGUGUCGUCGUCCGUUGCGGGAUGGGAGCGAUCUCAGAGCACGCUGCCAUCGGUCGGCAACACCGUGGACGAAGUGUUCUCCACCGGCAUGAUGUCCAAGCCCUCCACCCACCCCACCGGUGCGGAGAAGGAGGAAGAAGGUUCUACCGCCAGCCCCACCUUUGCCCAUUUCAACAACAAGCACACAACAACACAACAACAAUCAAUUGCAUUCUGA